UUGUCUCUAUGUCCAAAUUUACACAAAUUUGCAGCAGCUAAGAGAUUCGUUACCUGUCGUCUCUUUGUCAGAUCAUGGUGUCAACUAAGCAAGAAUUCAUGGAGCCCAACAAAAUAUUUCCCUUCACCAGCUUAGCUGCCAAUCCAAUCCCAUAAUAAAAAUAAUAAUGGCCGCCAGCUAAAAGGUACAUAAAAAUCUUGUCCACGUUAAACAUAUGGUUCGGACACGACUGUUCAGACAGGUUUCCCAUCUCUUAAUUCUCAUCCUUUCCGAGGUCGUCUUCAAUUCAACUGCUACUCUAAGAACCAGAAAAGAACGGCUUUUCUGAUCUCGUACUGUACUGAAGAACAGCCAAGAAUCAGUUUUUGAAUUUGGGUUUUCUAUUUGCUUGAAUUGGAUUUUCUUCAACUCUACUGCAACUACAAGAAACCAAAAAAAAGAAGAGUCUAUUGAUCUCGUAGGGUUUUCAAGACCAAUCAAAAAUCAUUUCUUGAAUCUGGGUUUUUGCACUUUCUUGGAUUCGAUCUUUUCGUGGCGGAAAGGAAAAGGAGAAAGGAAAGAUGAGUUUCAGAGAUGAGGUAGAAGAUGGGAGGGGAGAUCUGAGGAAGCCAUUUCUGCAUACAGGGAGUUGGUAUCGGAUGGGCUCGAGGCAGUCUAGUAUGACAGCCUCGGCCCAAGCUAUCAGGGACAGUUCUAUCUCAGUCCUGGCCUGUGUCUUGAUCGUGGCUUUGGGUCCUAUCCAGUUUGGUUUCACUUGUGGUUACUCUUCACCAACACAAUCUGCUAUCACCCAAGAUCUCAAGCUUACAGUCUCACAGUUCUCCUUAUUUGGUUCUUUAUCGAAUGUGGGAGCUAUGGUUGGGGCAAUAGCUAGUGGUCAGAUUGCUGAAUACAUAGGUCGAAAGGGGUCGUUGAUGAUUGCUGCGAUACCUAAUAUCAUUGGUUGGCUUUCCAUAUCAUUUGCAAGAGACUCCUCGUUUCUUUACAUGGGAAGGUUGCUGGAAGGAUUUGGUGUGGGUAUAAUCUCUUACACGGUGCCUGUAUACAUAGCUGAGAUAGCGCCACAAAAUCUGAGAGGGUCACUGGGCUCAGUGAACCAGCUCUCUGUGACAAUUGGAAUUAUGCUGGCAUAUCUACUGGGACUAUUCGUCAGUUGGAGAGUGCUUGCAGUUCUUGGAAUAUUGCCUUGUCUGAUACUGAUACCGGGACUCUUUUUCAUCCCAGAAUCUCCUCGGUGGCUGGCUAAAAUGGGAAUGACAGAAGAUUUUGAAGCAUCUCUGCAAGUACUUCGGGGGUUCGACACUGAUAUUACCGUUGAAGUAAAUGAAAUCAAGAGGUCUCUAGCUUCAACAAGCCGAAGAACGGCGAUCCGCUUUGCAGAUUUCAAAAUGAGAAGAUAUUGGUUGCCCCUAAUGAUAGGAAUCGGUUUACUUGUUCUCCAACAGCUAUCAGGAAUUAACGGCGUUAUAUUCUAUUCCAAUAAUAUAUUUGAAUCUGCUGGGAUCUCAUCGAGCAAUGCUGCAACAGUAGGUGUCGGCACUAUUCAGGUUAUUGCUACUGCAGUGGCUACAUGGUUGGUGGACAGAACAGGCCGUAGGAUUCUGUUAAUUGUAUCCUCGGCUGGAAUGUCUUUGAGCCUCCUGGUAGUUGCCGUGGCAUUCUUUUUAAAGGGCUUAGUUUCUGCGGAUUCUACACUGCAUGGCAUCUUGGGAAUCCUAUCCGUAGUUGGGGUGGUGUGCAUGAUCAUCUCUUUUUCACUCGGAAUGGGGCCUAUUCCAUGGCUUAUAAUGUCUGAGAUUCUGCCGAUUAAAAUCAAAGGCCUAGCUGGAAGCGUUGCAACUUUGUUCAACUGGUCCUUCUCCUGGGCCAUUACCAUGACUGCACCUCUGCUACUGGCCUGGAGCAGUGGAGGAACCUUCACUCUAUACACAGUCAUGUGUGUAUUCACUGUUGCAUUUGUGGCAAUUUGGGUUCCGGAAACGAAGGGAAAGACAUUAGAGGAGAUCCAGUUCUCCUUCAGAUGAGAUUCUUUUCUCAGUUUUGCAUCAUUUUUUCCACAUUUACCUCUGUAUUGCCGUUCUGUUGGGAUGGUCUGUCGUUCAUAUGAACUGCGUUGGCGUAAGAGAUGGAUGUCAAUAUUGUCUUUGUUACUGAGUUUCUAGGUGGGAGAAUUUUGGGCUGCUUGAAAUGUUUAUUCCAAGGUAAAGCUUUGGAUGCCUGUGGGUAUUUGUAAAAUUUAACUUAUUAUUUUAUAAAUAAAUAAAUUUCAUUAUCAUC